GAGGAGGAGGGGGGGAGGGUCGGUGACAAGCUCCAGCGGGGGAAGCAUCAGUGCAGGUGUCCUCGGUUUAAAAAAAAAAGAAGAAAAAAAAUCUCCUGUCACAUCGGAGACAAGACCCGACCGUAAGACCGCCGUUUGGUCUGCCGUGAAAUCCGAGAGCAGCGGCAGCGAGGAGGGAGAAGACGCGCUCGCCCGGAUGAGAGACCCCCCGCGGGGCGACGACGCACGCGGCGCGUGUCGAGCUGAGCCGUGAAAAGCGCGCCGCCGACGACUGGAGCCGAGGCGCGAACGGGAGCCAAAUGAUGAACAAACAACAACAACAACAACAGAAACAAAAACAAAAAAACAGCCGAGUGAGCAUCCUCGCCGCUGGUCGUAUCAAGAUGUGGGCUGCGAGAAGAAUGGGGCCUGUGCCGUGUGUGGCUUGCAUUACCGGCUGAGCCUCAUGGAUGCGUCGGACUGUCUUCACGUGUGUUCCGGAGCGAUGGCUGCAUUGUUCACCUGAAAUCCACCGAGGACGACGGCUGCUGCUUAUUGUUCCUGCACUGUGGGGGGGGAGGGGGGGGAAUCUACCGAAACGCCAGAGGUGGCUUUGUUAUUCACGCGGCAUCCCUGCUGCUCGAGAUGGGACUGACCUGACUCCCCGAGUGUCAACGCGUCCGCUGGACGCCGAGGCCACGCGUGCCAGACCAUGCCGAGCUCCCCGGCUCCCGACGUGGGAACAAAUUUCUCCGACGCUCCCUGGGAGCCCAGUUUCGCCGGCUCCGAUGGAAGCGCGCUGUGGUCCUCCGCGGUGAACAGCGUGGUCAAGAUGGUGCUCAUAUCGCUCAUAGUGUGCGUGUCCUUGUUCGGCAAUGUGGUGGUGCUGCUGGUGUUCCAGAGGAAGCCUCAGCUCCUCCACGUCGCCAACCGCUUCGUCCUCAACCUCCUCCUGGCGGACCUGCUCCAGACCGUGUUGGUCAUGCCCUUCGCCAUUGCUGCCACCGUGCCAGGUGUGUGGCCCCUGGAUGCCCGACUGUGCCAGGCCCUCGUCGUGCUCAUGCACCUUUUCGCGUUUGCCGGGGUCAACACCAUCAUAGUUGUCUCCGUGGACCGCUACCUGGCCAUCAUCCACCCUCUGUCCUAUCCCACCCGCAUGACCCCUCACCUGGGCACCAAACUGAUCAUCUGCACCUGGGUGCUCGGCCUCCUGCAGAGCACGCCCCCCCUCUACGGCUGGGGGGCCAUCGACUUCGACCGGCACCACAAGGUGUGCUCGGUGGUGUGGUCCUCUAGCCUCUCGUACUCCGUCGUGGUGUCCACCUUCUCCUUCUGGCUGCCCGUGCUCGUCAUGCUCGGAUGCUACUGGAUGGUGUUCCGGGCGGCCCGGCGCCAGAACGCCCUCGUGCACCCCAUACAGACGCGGGCCUACUCCCAGCCGUGGCCGCCGGAAUUCCAGGGCCCGCCGCUGCCCCAGCCUCAGCCGCCACACCAACCGCCACAACCCGAGCAGGUCAGUUCCCCCGACGGCCCCUGCUCGGCCAGGGGUUGCCCCGUUCGGGUCCGGCACAGGCGCUUCCACUACCACUGCAAGGCAGCCCGCGUCGUGUUCGUGAUCAUGGCCUCCUACAUCCUCAGCAUGGGGCCUUACAGCAUACUUAACUCUCUAUCUGUGAGCGCCCGAGCCGCCGUGCCCCCCUGGCUCUCCUCCCUGGCCCUCGUGCUCUUCUUCCUGCAGUGCUGCCUCCACCCGUACAUCUACGGCUACAUGCACCGCAGCGUGAGGAAGGAGUUCCUGGCGUUGCUCUGCGGGCUGUUCUGCGCGCAGGGCCGGCGCCCCAGGGGCGGCUCGGCCGCCGAGAGCGGUUUCACCACCACGGAGGGACGCUUCGCGGCCCACCCUCACCUGCCCAGCCUGACGGCCCGAGUCUUCCCCCUGCGGACGUGGGAAGAGUGCACAACGUCGUCCUCGCCCACUUUCGAGAGGAGGUCGAGGGACGGCCGCAAGGACACGGCCUCCACCAGCGUCAGCUCCGAGAGGGAGCUCACAGUCCACAGCCAACCGGGCGCAUGAACAGUGUUCACAGCUGAUGUUGGCAGCUUCCUCCCUGACGACUUUGUCCUCGACCACGGGGUCGUUCAUUCCCGGGGGGGCAUUCGGUGUACAGCUCUAGCUGGUUGGUCAUCGAACACAAUCUUAAGAACCGUUCCCGAUGCUUGAAUUAUCGUGACUGCAUUACAGGUGUAUAAUAGAGUGGUGUGAAAGAAAUCCUAAAUUUGGAGAAUUCUUGAAGCCGUUAAAAAAAAGUUGCAGAUAAGUCACAAUUUAAGCAGGUGUUAUUUUUGUAUUUGAGUGUUUUGUCAUCUAGUAUUUCAAAUCCAGCUGUUGCACAAGCUACUCUUACUUAAUGAACUGGGCAUUUAUAUCUUUUUUUUCCUUAACACUCAAUUUAAUUAAUGGUCGACUGCCUACAAGUCUGUUACAAAUGUUUUCAGGGUUUUUUCCGACUAAACCGGCCAUGUUAAGACAGAAAUGAUUAUGUCGGAUCAAAGGUGUUUUACCCUCAGUCUCGGGCGAUCGCAUUGAUCUGCAGUAUCUGCACAACAACCAUAUCUCCUACCAACUCUCUUUUGUGAUCCUGCCUGAGGGCACGGAAUGUACUCUCCUUUUACUAAGGCUUGUCCUGCAACCAAUGAACUCAGGGUGUAUGCUUGUGGAACAAUGAAUGCUCUCUGUUCUUGAAUGUCGAAGGAGAAAGUGACUGUAACUGUUCAAGGUCUCAGAAGCGCCUUUUGAGUACCCAAGUAGACUGGGGAUUUAUUGUGCCAAGAGCUGGUGUCUCAGCUUUUCAGUCACCUUUAACUCAAACGAGGUGUGAAUUCUGCAUCAACUCUGCAGUUUGACACUGUCUAUCUGGACUCAGUAUUUGCUGCCUUUAAUAAUUUCAGUCUUUCUUUGAGGGAGCGCAGUAUUUCUAUUGAGAGAAUACAGAGCAUGGAGAGCAGGGUAUGAUAAAAACAAUUUAAAAAAAAAACCUCCUGUGGACUCUUUGCACCAGAUAUUUAACGUAGGCCGCAUGCCGCCAUUUCUUAUAUUCCACUGAACACAUGUAGAUUUGUAAAAAUUGUGCUAAAAGAAUGAGUACUUGUGUAAGUGGCACAUGCUUGCAAUGACUCAUCUCAGAGAAAGCAGAUGAUGAUGAUGUUGCCAAAGGUAGUCAUCGGUGCAUUAUGUGAAGUGUGUCAAGUCCCAAGUUUUUGUAGCAUUUUGAAAAAGAAAGAAAAAACUAAAUGAGCAGGGAUGCUCUCAUCGUCUUAUUGUCCGUGUUGUUAUAAGACUAUAAUGGACUGGCUUUGAUUUGAGCCUUGAUUUAUUUUUUAAAAAAAAGUCACUGUAGAAAUCCAUACUACAGUAUCAUCAAUGACAAUCAAACUUGUAUAAUAAGUUUGUCUCAGUGUUGCUUGGUAACAGACAAAGUGUGUCGUCAAACUAGAGGAAGUAAUGUUUUCAAGUGCUUUAAAAUAGAUCAUUUUGUGAUUUCUAUUGUGCUUUUGUAUCAUUUCCUGAUUACCUGAUCAAGAAAAUCAAAAAGUUGUCUGUUGUUUAAUAAAGGUGAACUUACUGUA